AUGCCUAUCAUCGCUUUGUACAUCAUGUCGAAAAACGGUAUAUCUGAAGAAAAUUUGAAUAAACUAGUUACUCACGCUCAACUCGAGCCAUCCGACAAACAGGCGCUUUUGAACCUCGCGAAUUUGGGCCUCAAUGUUGUUAUUGAUGGUAACAGGAAAAAGCAAUAUCAAGUUCCAAGAAAGGAGCGUAUCACAGAACAGACUUAUCAGAUGUCUCGGUGGACUCCAGUUAUCAAGGAUAUAAUAGAUGCAAUCGACGAUAAAUUAGACCAACGUCACUUUCCAUUCUUGGCCGGCCGCGCCCAAACUUCCGGAUACCAGGCACCCACCAGCGUUCGCUAUGGCCAUUGGCACAAGGAUAAGGCUCAGCAGACCAUAAAUAAUGUUCCACGACUCAUCGUUUUUGUGGUUGGAGGUAUAUGUUUCUCGGAGAUCCGCUGUGCGUACGAGGUGACUGCUGCCCUUAAGAACUGGGAGGUUAUUAUUGGGUCUUCACAUAUCUUGACACCGGACACUUUCAUCUCAAACCUCAGCUCUCUUACAGCCUAA